AGAGAGAGAGAGAGUGAGAGAGAGAGAGAGCAACUGUGUGACAGAGGGAAAGAGAACGAGGCAGGCUGCUUAGAGGAGUGAGAGAGCCAAGGACAAAAUAAGGAACACAUUUUACAAGUGCAGGAAGAGGGAGGAUCGCAGACGAGGGACUCCUUCUCUACUCGGCACCUGGGACUCACUCACUGUGGUUUUUUCCCCCUACUCGUCUUCUAUCUGGAAACCAGAGGAUUGACUUACCAACCGGUGGAUUUUUAAAAAUACACAUCGUUUAGAAAACUGGGAUCAUUUCUCUGUCCUCUUGCUGGCUCCUUCGCUCCAGGCUAAGAUUGCUUUCUGUGCGUGCGCUCGGCUCUCGUGUUGUGAUUCUGCUCCCUGCAUAAAGUGCAUCUCGUCGGCAACCGGUGCUGAGGAUAUCUCCCCUCUGUCAAACAGGACAGCACGCAGCCACCGUCGGAUCAGACCACAGAGAGAGAGAGAGAGAGAGAGAUACUUUGUGUAUGUUAGAGGGACACAGAGAGAGAGAGGGGCAGUGAGAGAGAGUCAGAUCCACAGUGUGUCUGAGAGAGAGGCAGAUUAAAGCCCAGGCAAAAGACUGGAGUGAAACAGCUCAAAUAGAGAAGUGAACCUAUACGUCCUUUCCCGUUUUCCUUGCCAUCCCUUUCCUCCUCCUCUCCUCCUCUUCUUCCUUCUCCCAUUUUCCAACAUUCACAGGACUGCCAGAGCUACUGCCACCUGCACCUCUUCUCUCCACUCCACUUCCUCACCCUUAUCGCGCGUUACCAUCCGAUACCAGCCACUGACAGACACAGCGCUCUUGGUUCUAGCACUUGUGGAAAUAUUUCCAUUGAUCGGGCAGUAAGAGACUGAGUGAGCAUCUACCAGACACUGAGGCUCAGGACCGGUGAGGCACAGAGCCCCCCCCCCCCCCCCCCCCCAAUCAGAGGCAGACCCUCUCCCAGCUGCUGUCCGACACGCAGACCCUGUCUUCUCCCCGGAGAACCGGCUAGCGACACAGAAAAUAAUCGCACUGCCCCUCCGCUGCCUCUAUCCCAUUGCUAGCUACUUGGCAGCUUCCGCCCCCGUGUCACCAUUCCCUGCCUCAGUGCUAAGGAUUCCAGCUACAUGGGCAAGCGAUUGGAGCAGCAGCCAAUGUACCCUCAGUACACCUACUACUACCCCCACUAUCUCCAGACCAAGCAGCCCUAUGCUCCUCCCCCUCAUCCGAUGGCUCCUCCCAGCCCCAGCACCAACAGCUGCAGCCAGGGAGGGGCGGAGCAGCUGAGUAAGACCAACCUGUACAUCCGAGGCCUGCCACCUGGGACCACCGACCAGGACCUCAUCAAACUCUGCCAACCGUAUGGAAAAAUAGUGUCAACCAAGGCCAUUCUGGACAAGAACACCAACCAGUGCAAAGGCUAUGGCUUUGUGGAUUUUGACAGCCCAGGUGCAGCACAGAAGGCCGUGUCGUCUCUCAAAGCCACCGGGGUGCAGGCCCAAAUGGCCAAGGCCCUGCAGCAACAGGAGCAGGACCCCACCAACCUGUACAUCUCCAACCUGCCGGUGUCUAUGGAUGAGCAGGAGCUGGAGAACAUGCUGAAGCCCCUGGGUCACGUCAUCUCCACGAGGAUACUGAGGGAUGCCAACGGGGUCAGCAGAGGAGUCGGCUUUGCCAGGAUGGAGUCCACAGAGAAAUGUGAGGUUGUGAUACAGCAUUUCAAUGGGAAAUACCUGAAAACCCCACCAGGCAUUCCAGCUCCCUUGGAGCCUUUGCUGUGCAAAUUUGCCGACGGAGGGCAGAAGAAACGCCAGAGCCAGAGCAAGUACCCUCAGAACGGGAGGCCGUGGCACAGAGAAGGCGAGACUGGCAUGGCGUUAACAUAUGAUCCCGCUGCAAUGCAGAAUGGGUUCUACUCCUCGCCUUACAGCAUCGCCACCAACCGCAUGAUUGCACAGACCUCCAUCACGCCCUUCAUCGCUGCUUCCCCUGUUUCCACAUAUCAGGUCCAGAGUACGUCAUGGAUGCCUCAUCAACAAUAUGUUAUGCAACCUACAGGUGCAGUGAUCACGCCAGGCAUGGACCACACUAUGUCCAUGCAGCCUGCCAGCAUGAUGGGCCCUCUCGCCCAGCAGAUGAACCAUCUGUCCCUGGGCACUACAGGAAGUUACAUGACUGCUGCAGCUGCCGCGGCGCCUAUGCAAGGGACCUACAUUCCCCAGUACACUCCUGUGCCUCCAACAGCCCUCCCUGUCGAAGGAGUGGUGACAGACGCCUCCCCCCAGACAGUGGCUCCCUCGUCACAGGAGUUGGCUGGACAGCAGCAACAGAUUCAAGUAGACAGUUCUGCCGACCAUGUUCCUGCUUACUCAUACCAGUCCAAAUAGCAUCGGCCUGAGCGAAUGUUCCUGUGACAGCGUUGCCUUGAGACAGAAGGUGGCUGCACUGUGAAUGUGAGGAAAAGAGAAAAGAAAGAGAUUACUUCCAGAUUGCCCAGGCACCAAAAAAGAGACACUUUUUUCAUUUCCUACCUGGCCUACGUGAAAAAAAGAGAGGGGAAAAAAUGCAAGAAGGAGACAAAGAGUGCUGAGGAAGGGGAUGGGGGAAUUGCUGGGCACAGUGCAAAGAAGUGAAAUUGUUUAGUCUGGGAACCUGCCAGAAGGGCUGGGCUGAAGCUUGAAAAGUUUCUCAAAGAAAAUUCUCAACCAAUUAAAAAAAAAUGGAAAAAAAAUAAGGAAAUAGAAAAUUACAAAAAAAGGUUGAAUGCGCAGGUAGGUGAUGAAGUUUAUUUUGUAAUUAGAAAAGGGGAGUCAAGUUUGAAAUACACACAGAGAUUGUCUUCCUCAGAUAUUAAGCUACAAUUUCUUUUCACUCUUUUUUAUGUUCAAGUGUUACAUUUUAGUUUUCUAGAUAUAUUCAGAAACAAAGUGUUUUUUCUUUCUUGAAUCUUCAUGGCCUUAAUUUGAAGGGCGGCAGAAACUUUUUACAGAGUUAAAGUCUGACGUCUGUUUAGAAGAAAAAAAAAAGCAAACAAAGUCAGUUUCUUGCACCACUCGGAGGGUACAAGACACUGGAUACGUUGUUCUAAAGAGGAAAAAAGAAUCUAUCACAUAAGCUGUACAGAUUUAAUAGAGAAGAGCUUUUGUUUUUUCUUCAUUAGAAGAAAACUUUGAUAAUUAUUAUGUCAGAGGUAACUAAGUGUCAGAAGAAAACAAAAUGUCUGUUGGGGGGAAAAGACUUGGGGGGGAGAAGAAGCUUUCAAGAGAUUUUUCACCAUGAGGAAAAAAUGAAAACAUAAGAAAAACAUGCUGCAUCGUGGAUGCAGUCUGUUGCAAACGCUGAACUUGUUUUUUUAUUAUCAUAAUUAUUAUUUUAAAUGGCAAAGUUGCUGUCAAUGACAUUAGUGCUUUUUAUCUGCCACAUUUUACCUUUUUAUGAGCUUAAAGAUGUUUUUAGCCCGCUUGCUUGUCACACUGCAAAAAGAAAAAAAGAAGAAGAAAAAAAUGAUAAAAUGAAUACAAAAAAAGCUACGGAAAUUAAUUCUGGCAGUGAAAUAAAAACAGUAGAUUCAGUAGGAGCUUACGGUUUAAAAAAUCAGUGCAAAAGCAAUAGAAGAAAUUGUUGACAAUUUCUGUAGUCUUUCCUAGUUGUGGAUCAAAUGCAGCCCAUGGGUGGCCAUUUUUAUACCAAAGAUGAAGAGACACUCUGAACCAGAGUUUUGUUUUUGUUUGUUUUCUUUUCCUUUCCAUUUUUCUGUUUGAUUUUGUUGUUGUUGAUGUUGCUGUUGUUGAUGAUGUUAAUGUUGAUAUUGUUGUUGUUGAUGUUGCUGUUGUCGUUGUUUUUUAUUUGACCUUGAUGGCCGGACCAGUCCUUACUAUCCUUCUUAAAAUCUUCUUUUUUGCCGGGUUUAAGCUAGUUUUCCAUGGUUGUCCAAGCUGUCACACACACACACACACACACACACACACACACACACACACACACACACACACACACACACACACACACACACACACACACAAACAAACAUACAUGUAUCUAAACAGACACACUUAAUGUAAAAACUAAAACACACACAUCAAAAACAGUAUUUAAAGUGUGAUGCAACCAGUGGCAGUCCUACCAGAAGUCAUUUUUCUCCUCCUCUACUUGUCUUUUCAUUUAUUUGUAUGUCUCAUCACUUUUUACGAUGCUACACACUUUUGGUGCAUUCCAACUCUGUCUUUCUCUUGGAUCCUACAGGGAACACUUUAGGAAUAGAUUGGGGAACGUUGCUUGCUACGCUUUGUGGUUAUUGACACAUUGCUUCCCGCUUUAUGCCCUUACUGCUUUCUGUCCUCAGUCUCUUUAUCGCUUUAAUUUAACUAUAACUGGGAAUCCCCCUGCUGCUGUUUGCCCUUCUGUUAAUCUCUUCCAUUUAUCACCACACCUAGGUCACGUGUUUGAGUUACGUGCCAGGCAUACCAGAUGAGUGGUGUUUGCUGCAUGUUAGACAUCAGGUAAGUUGUUUAAAGUGUUUAGCAAUGAUUGCAUAAACCUUAUGGCACUUAAAGGUGGGGUAGGUAAUUCACUUCAGAAACACUUUUUGUUAUAUUCCAUGGAAUGCUCUUAACAUCCCGAUAGCAAUGAAUAAAUUAAAUGCUUUGACAAUAAAUACAUUAAAAAAAUGUCAUCUGUGGAAGCCGUAGUGCUGUAAAAAGCACGACCAAUCAUUUUAGCCAGCCCGGCUAAAAUAACUGGAUGGCCUACCUGCCUGUCAGCCUUGUCAGCCUUCCAUGUGCCCUCAUUGGUCAUGUGCGCCUUCGUGUGUGUUGGAGGUGGGGCUCUGUGAGGAAGUCUUGAAGGAAGGGGCAGAUUUUUUUCGGUGUAAUUUUUUUCCUGAGUGAUAUGCGAUGAUCGGUUUCCCUCUCUUGUCUGUAUAUUAACAUGAGGCUACCGCUAACAGCUGGUUAGCGUAGCUUAGCACAAAGACUGGAAACAGGGGGACAGUUAGCAAGAUGCUAUGCAAAGCUAACAAAAGCCUCCUACUUGCACCUCUAAAGCUUACUCAUUCAUAUUUCUUACCUCAUUAUUUUAUGUCGUCAUCGUUAGCUGGACAAGCAGAAGUGACUAGAAUGUCACGCAAUUCCUUUAAAAGACGCUGACACUUUGUAACACUAACAUGCAUCAUUGACCCACCACCAGCAGGGGGGGUCUUCACACCUGUGGGAACAGACCAGGCUCCUCACCAGCUUUAACUUGUCGAUGGCAGCUCCUUCCUCUGCCCUGCCACUGAGUGUCAGUUACACCCCUGGUUGUCCCAAUUUGUUGCACAAACAGCCCUGCACAUCUUAUCUGGUCUUUCCGUCCCUGAGCUGUGUGAGGGUUCCAAUGAUUUCAUCUCUGAGGAUUGUCCCCUGAGGAAAUGGCCGGUGGGACAGCGGCCAUUUCUGCCCCCAUUAUAGCAGCCUCUGUGUGUUGCUCUGUUGGCCCGUGCCGCUCGCUCUGCCCCACUGUGGGUCUACAGAGCUAAAAAGCUCUGUGUUCUCCCUGCUUCACUGGCACCAUUAAUGUGCCAUGGCCAAGCCAGGGUCCUUUUGCUCUCAUUUUCCCUAAUUCUCUCCCUCCCUUCCUCCCCCCCUCUCUCUUGCGCUCCCACUGGAGUUUCUUCUCUUUAUUGGAUGGUGCAGAAGCAGAACCACAAACCAAUUUCAGUCACUCUCGCAAUGAGGCUUGACGGGCCCAAUUUGUCUCCCUCCGGGGCAAUAGGAUCCACUCCAGUGUCCCUCAAAAGACCCCUUUCUUCCAGACUGAGGGAGCUUUUUGUUUGGUGACAAUUGCAAUUGAGCUCUUGCAGUUCAUGUGACUCAUUUAAAUCUACAGUAAGUCCAUUGCUCUAUUUUUUUAGCAUGAUGGCGUGUUAAGCACACUACAGGCAAACGCCAUCAUGCGAGGCGGUGUUUGUAAUUUACCGACGAGUUGUACAUCGAGUGCCUUUUAACAAAGCUUCCAAAUUAUUCGAAAUGAUUUGUGUGAGAGCAAAUGGAAGAUUUUUUUUAAUUCAAUUGUGCUAAAGAAAUGUGACACAAUAUGGAAGCUACUCUAUGGUGCUAAAGAGGAGGCAUUCUCAGGCGUUUGCCUUGACUGAUCUCUGAUGAGCCGGCCACUGUUGAUCGUUUGGCCUUUACUCUUAACAGGCCUCCUGUCCACUUGACAACACAGACAAGAAACUGGCACACAGCUUCCUCAUGUGAACUACACCUUUAAAGCCAUACUCACAUUAUCUUUCCUCGGCCAGAAAUUGCUAGUCAUUUUUAUCUUCCGUCCACCAAUGAAGUUGAGAAGCUAAAUGUGUCAUUCAAACUGUCUCUCGUUGACUGUUAAGCUGUUUAUUGUCCAAUCAAAUCAACACCUGCCCUUUUCCUUUCAUCUGAUCCACAUUCCACAUCUGCUUGAACUUGCCUCCAGGCUAUGAUUUGCUCAUAUCUCCCAAUGAGCAAGUCUCACCCACAUUACAGUCUUUAACGGCUAACAACUGACAAAUGUUGGGUUUAUGAGCUCCCGGGACUUUCCCUCAUUGCUCAUGUGUUUCGUCCUUGUUGCAUUUGCUCAAUGUAGUCCAUCACUGAGUCCUUUUAUGUGGUAAACUGCUAAACUUUAACUUUACCAGGUUUAAGCUAGUAUGUGUGUGUCAGUGUGUCUGAAGAGUUCUUCUACUCAAACGUUUAGCUAUGAAUACAGCAUUGCUAGCAUAGACUUUUACAGCUGCUGCUUUUAUAAAAGUAAUACAGAGAGACGUUUUCGAAGCCUAACAGGGCUCAUAAUGCAGAAGUUGCACAUCGGAGAGCAGAGCGUCCCACAGAAGGCCUGAGAUUCAAAAGCAAUGGCAUUAUGGGAAAUAUGACUACACAUCGCCAAGAGAUUAUGGAUAAUAACAAUGCACAACAACAAAUAUCAGAUCUAUUUUGCUAAUGGAGAUUCAAGAUUGAAAAUGUUAAGGCAGGUGUUUGCUUUUGGUGCAUGGCGCCAAUAUUUCACAGAGAUCUAAAAGAUUACCCGACUGAACAAGCAAAAAUGGCUCUCUCUUAAUAGCACAAUGGCUUAACGUACCUUUUCAGAAUACAAAUUUGGAAGUGUACAGAAGGCAAGCCGGCAAUUUUAAGGAGGCUGUAGCAGAAAACGCUCCUCUCGCAGUCAGCCCAUGUGUCAGCACAAACCAAGAGUCAGCUAUACCUAGAACGUUUGUGUGUGUGUGUGUGGGGGGGGGGGGGAAAGAACAAGAGGCAGAUCAUUAGCUGCUGUUGCCGGGCAGAAGUGGUCAGAACCUGGGGUUUCUCCAUGUUCUUGCAGCAGUAUGUCCCGUGUACAGGUCUCCAAAAGGGGACGAGCUCCACCCAUCACUCAUUAGCAACACAGACUUCCUCUCUCACACCAUGACCAUCCCUCUCUCCUUUUCUACACAGUUGAUCAUUGUUCCAAUCUCUUCUAACCUUAAGUCUUGUUUCUGGCUGACUUCCACACUCCAUCGUGAGGCUGCCACCAUUUGCAAUCUGUGUCUAAGCACUGCUUGCAUAGCUUUUCUCAAAUUAAAUUGUAGACCACCAUUGCAUUUAAUAUUUUUUGCAUUAUUUGUCUGCAGCAGGUUGGAGAUGGAAUGUCCUUGGCUUGCCACUAAUAUUGCUGAGUAAACCUAGGUCUAAGUGGUGCUCGAUCACCCUUAAGUCUUGUUUUCCUUAAGUGUUAUGAUGAUAUUGUUCGCUGCUAUAGUGCCAAAAAGAAAAGGUUUAUGCAAUCAUAAUGAGUGUUGAAAACGUUGAAAUCCAUUAUUUAUUUUUACAAUAUCUGAAUUGCCUAAGUGCAGUAAAUCUCACUCAUCUGGUGCCUGAAGGAAGUGUACUGUAAUCAGAUGUUCAGAAUGACUUUUCCUGACACAGGAAAAAGCAGAAUACUGUCCACUAAAAGAAUGGUGGGCUUGAGAUUUUACCUACAUCCUGGUCUUCUUCAGAGUCAGUUUUCAAGACGCGGUAUUGACUGAACGUUUUGUUUCCAUCCUAACUCACCGUUUUUCACAAUAACUGCAGCCAUUCUUAAAUCUGACAUGAUCCAGACAGUAAUUCAUGUAGUGUUGCUUUCACACUAUCACUCAUUAGAUGUAUAACACGUCAUACUCAGUUGUUGCAAAGGUUCCUUGUGAACAGAGUUGCAUUCAUUCCGCAUCGAUUCUCAUGAGGAAAACAGUCGUUCAGAGUUGCUCUCCAAUCCGGUCUCCCGUAGGGUAUAAGGCUAACCGUGGCUCAAUUACACAUCAUAGACCAGUACACACACAUAAUGCAGUGAGAAAAUUGUUCAAACUGCCCCCCACAAGAGCGAGACCCUGUGCUUCAUAAUUGAUGCUUCGGUCCACCUUUGAUAAGAGCUAUUGAUUGGCCACACAACCCCAGGAGCCCUCGUGGAGUUCAAACAGCUCCCAGAGAAAUAUCCAACUACCACUAGGAAAUGACUGACACAAUUGUUAAGAGAUAGCCAGCAGAGUGUGUUGGGCAUUGGUAUUCAUUUACCAGAUAAAAAGAGGAACUAUUUAUCAAGACAGCAGAGCGGUUUUAAAAUGUUUUAUUUUUGUUAGUUUUCUCUUUUUGUUCGUUCUUCACUUUUCCUUGUUUCAGCGCCGAGGAGGACAUGGUCACGCCUCGCACACGCUGCUCAGUGUGUGUGUUAUUUGAGAAACUAUCUGUACAUCUGUGGAUGUUAGAAUUUGACUUGGGUUAUAUGAGUUGUUUUUUUUUCUCUCUGAUGAAGCUUUCAAUAAAAAAAUGUGGAAAAAAGCA